CUCUCUCUCUCUCUCUCUCUCUCUCUCUCUCUCUCUCUCUCUCUCUCUCUCUCUCUCUCUCUCUCUCUCUCUCUCUCUCUCUCUCUCUCUCUCUCUCUCUCUCUCUCUCUCUCUCUCUCUCUCUCUCUCUCCACCUCUCUAUCAGGGCUGCCUCUCCUCGGGUGGAAGAGGAGGGGGAGUAUCGUUCACCGAGUGACAGGAAAUGAAUCCUUCACUAAAACGAUGGAGGAGAGGAUGCAUUAAAAAUAGAACUGGUCCUGAGCGAUCCGAUAGCACACCGUGCAGAGCAGAAUCACGGUGAUGACAACGACACAUUAAUCCAUAAGGCUUGAAUCUACCGGGAGAUGGAGCAAGAUGUAGAGAGUCCGGCCUUCGGGAGGCAGCCCAUGUGGACCAAACCAGCCCGUGAAGACCUCCCUAAACAGCUGGUGGACAAAUCCGCUGCUAAGAAGAUCCAGAGGUAUGUGCGGAAGGACGGGAAGUGCAAUGUCCACCAUGGAAAUAUCCGUGAGACAUACCGCUACCUGACAGACAUCUUCACCACUCUGGUGGACCUCAAGUGGGGGUUGAACCUCUUCAUCUUCGUCCUGGUCUACACAGUCACCUGGCUCUUCUUCGGCUUCAUGUGGUGGCUCAUCGCGUACCUCCGUGGGGAUUUGGAUCAUAUCGCAGAUGACCAGUGGACUCCAUGUGUCAAUAACCUCAAUGGGUUUGUCUCAGCGUUCCUGUUCUCCAUCGAGACGGAGACCACAAUCGGGUAUGGAUACAGGGUCAUCACCGAUAAGUGCCCGGAGGGGAUCCUGCUGCUCCUCAUCCAGUCUGUGCUCGGCUCCAUCGUGAACGCCUUCAUGGUGGGCUGCAUGUUCGUCAAGAUAUCGCAGCCCAAGAAGCGUGCGGAGACCCUCGUGUUCUCCACCAACGCUGUUAUCUCCAUGAGAGACGGUCGGCUGUGUCUCAUGUUCAGGGUCGGGGACCUCCGCAACUCACACAUCGUGGAGGCGUCCAUCAGGGCCAAGCUCAUCAAGUCCAAGCAGACCAAAGAGGGGGAGUUCAUCCCCCUGAACCAGACAGACCUCAACGUGGGCUACAACACAGGGGACGACAGGCUCUUCCUGGUGUCGCCACUGAUCAUAAGUCAUGAAAUCAAUCAGCAAAGCCCCUUCUGGGACAUCUCCCAGGCCAGCCUGGUGAGAGACGAGCUGGAGUUGGUCGUCAUUCUGGAGGGGAUGGUGGAGGCCACAGGUAUGACAUGCCAGGCACGAAGCUCAUAUGUAAGCAGCGAGAUCAAGUGGGGAUACCGCUUCACACCGGUUCUCACCCUGGAAGAUGGCUUCUAUGAAGUGGAUUACAACAGCUUCCACAACAUCUACGAGACCACCACCCCCAGCUGCAGCGCCAGAGAGCUGUCAGACAUGAGUGGCAGGAUGCGUCUCCCUCUCACCUGGUCACUGGCCAGCAAGCUGAGCCAGCAGGGCCUCCCUGACACCCAUCUGGAGUCAAAUGUGAAGAAACUGGCGGACCUGGACAGUAAGGAGGACACGAAGCAGCCGGAACGCAACGGGGAGAUCGGAAGCAUAGAGAGUGAAUCAAAGGUCUGAGGAGCAGGCUGGGCCUGUAUGUGUGCAUGGAUGUGAUGGCUGAGCAAGGGGGGAUUCAAAGGUAUGAUUGAGAGUUCUGAUUGGUACUGAGGUCCUCCAGGUGCAAUGCGUUAACCAGGAAGCCCUGUGCUACCAGUACCACCCCAGGGUGACUGCCGUCUCAUCUUAUGUUGCAUGUCCACACGAUGUAAACCUCUCCACACAAAGUAAACCUGUCCACACGAUGUAAACCUCUCCACACAAAGUAAACCUGUCCACACGAUG